CCAGCCUCUGAGGAAGUGCAGCCAGCUCCUCCGAAUCCGGCCCGGGAUCCAGGUUUUCUCCGGGCCCGGCCGGUCCCAGCGCGCUACCUCCCUCCUGUCUCCCCGCCCUCUCCCCCACUGCCUCCCCCUCCCCCUCCCCGCCCCGACCCGGCAGUGGGCUCGGCCAAGUUUGCUGAGCGUCGCCGCCGCUGCCGCUGCUGCCGCCGCCACCACACACUGGCCAGUCAAUCAGGAGCGGGGCCGAGCGGAGGCGGGCCGGGCCGGGCCGAGCCUUGAGGGGGGAGCUGCGGGAGCUGAGCGCAGAGCUGAGCAGAGCAAGAGCAGAGCUGAGCAGGGCAGGGCACUGCAGAGCACGGCAGAGCCGAGCGGUGCGGAGUAGGGCAGAGCUUAACAGGGGAAGGCUGAGCUGAGCUAAGCUGAGAGGCGCAGCCCAGCACAGCCCAGCGCAGCCCAGCCCAGCCCAGCCGAGCUCAGCAGAAGCGAGCCGGCGGCCGCGACGCCUGCGAGGGCGAGGACGAGCCGCGCGCACGGCAGGCAGGCAGGCAGGCAGCCAGGCAGCCAGCCAGCCUCCCCUCCGAUCGGCCCCCCUCCUCCCUUCGCUGGUUUACCUCCUCCGGCGGCUGUGCAAACAACUUCUCGGAGCCCAAAGGUCAGGGCCCGCAGCCCGAGAGCCGAAACUCUCUAGCUCCCGCCGCCGCCGCCGAGGGGGCGCUUGGGCAUCUCGGAGCGACGCUCUCUGCCCGUCUGUCCUCCCGCUCGCCCGCCGGCCCGUGCGCCUCCGCCUUCCUCGUCCCGAGCUCGGAGCGGUCUCCCUGUGCCGUGCCCCUUCUCGCGCUCCUCUCUGCCCCCAGCCCCCUAGCCAUGGCCCGGCUGCCCCUGCCGUCCCUCCUCUGCACGCUGGCCGCCCUCAGCCUCAGCCUGCUGGCCGCCGAACUCAAGGCGAAAAGUUGCCUGGAAGUGCUUGAGGUCUACGUCUCCAAGGGCUUCAACAAAAACGAUGCGCCCAGUAACGAGAUCAACGGAGAUCAUCUGAAGAUCUGUGCUCGAGGUUACACAUGCUGCUCUCAAGCAAUGGAGGAGAAGUACCGCCAGCAGAGCAAAGAGGAUUUUCGCACUGCUGUUGGAGAGCACUGCAACGCUCUGCAGAACAUGUUUGCUUCCCGAUAUGAAAAAUUUGAUGAAUUCUUCAAAGAACUACUUGAAAAUGCUGAAAAAUCCUUGAAUGACAUGUUUGUCCGGACCUACGGUCGCUUAUAUAUGCAAAAUUCUGAGCUCUUUAAGGAUCUCUUUGUGGAGCUGAAGCGAUACUAUGUGGGAGGCAAUGUGAACCUGGAAGAAAUGCUCAAUGACUUCUGGGCCCACCUUCUGGAGCGCAUGUUUCGCCUUGUGAACCCCCAACACCAUUUUACAGAUGAGUAUUUGGAAUGUGUAAGCAAGUACACAGAGCAGCUGAAGCCCUUUGGGGAUGUACCACGGAAACUCAAGUUGCAGGUGACUCGGGCCUUCGUCGCUGCCCGGACAUUUGCCCAAGGUCUGGCCGUUGCCAGGGAUGUUAUCAACAAAGUGUCUGUGGUCAAUCCCACACCUUCCUGUUCACAUGCCCUCCUGAAAAUGACCUACUGUUCCCACUGCCGGGGCCUGGUGACCGUGAAGCCUUGUUCUAACUACUGUUCCAAUGUCAUGAGAGGCUGUUUGGCCAAUCAAGGAGAUCUGGAUUCGGAGUGGAACAAUUUUAUAGAUGCUAUGCUGAUGGUAGCCGAGAGACUCGAGGGGCCCUUUAACAUUGAGUCAGUCAUGGAUCCCAUUGAUGUGAAGAUUUCUGAUGCAAUCAUGAACAUGCAGGAGAAUAGUGUGCAGGUGUCUCAGAAGGCUUUCCAAGGAUGUGGACUCCCCAAGGCCACCCCCCCAGCAGGCCGAGCCUCUCGUUCUGUUCCCGAGAGUGGCUUCAGUGCCCGUUUUCGGCCAUAUAAUCCAGAAGAGAGACCAACCACAGCUGCUGGCACAAGCUUGGACAGACUGGUUACAGAUGUCAAGGAGAAAUUAAAGCAAGCCAAAAAGUUCUGGUCCUCCCUCCCAAGCACCAUAUGUAAUGAUGAGAAGAUGGCACCUGAACCAAUGAGCGAGGAUGAGUGCUGGAACGGAAAUGCCAAGAGCAGGUAUCUCUUAGCAGUGACUGGAAACGGAUUAGCUAAUCAGGGAAAUAAUCCAGAGGUUGAAGUUGACAUCACUAAGCCGGACAUGGUGAUCCGUCGCCAAAUCAUGUCUCUCCAGAUAAUGACAAGCAAAAUGAAGAAUGCCUACAAUGGGAAUGACGUAGACUUCAUCGAUAUCAGUGACGAAAGCAGCGGUGAAGGCAGUGGUAGUGGCUGUGAGUAUCAGCAUUGCCCUUCGGAGUUUGAGUUCAAUGUGACUGAGAACGUGGGGAAGACAGUGGUUCAUGGUAAAAAUGCGGUCGAAAACUCGGCUACUAGUGCCAUUUGCUGGUCUUGUGCUGCCCCGGCCCUGUGCCUCUUGUUCUUGGCUAUGCAAAGACAAUGGAGAUAAUUCAACCACUUUGAACAACAGACUCUCACUACCCAUGCUAAAAGGCACGCCAAUUUUCACUUUUGUGCCAUCCUAGUGACUUGGCUUUUUAAAUUAAUGGACAACCAUGUACAGUUUUUACUUUUAUGGCCAUUGGUUUAAUUAAAAUGGCAACCUGGUUUUUUCAUUCACUGUUUUGGGAGGGUGAAAGGAGGACUUCGCCUCGGAGUCAGUCCUGCCCACUCAAGAAGCAUUGUUCAACGUGGCUGACAAAGUGUAUAUACCAAGCUGUAGCUAGCUGUGCGUUUGUUUGAAUCACUCUAUCGGUUUUUUGUUUUGUUUGUGGGGUCGUUUGCUUCUUUUUUCUUCCCUUUCUUUCCAUUUAAGAUCUCACUACGUUUCUUAAAAGAAAACCAGGGUCCCCUCUUGGCAUGAGGCAAGCCUGCCUUUCGGAAAUCGGCAUUCGUAGUACAGGGGCAGGGUUUUUUUAGUAUAUUCAGAAUGAAACAAAACAGAAAAACCAUCCGGCCAGCAGAAAGAUGUUUUACACAGCAACAUUUCCAUUUAGCCACAUUAUGGUAGUUGCUUUAUCUGGAGAGAAGUGGAAGGUAAUUUGUUUUCUAUUAUACAGUAGAGCCAAAUGUGAAGGCAUAAUUGGCUAGGGAGCCAUAUGCCCGAUUGUAUAAAGCAUUAAUGCCAGGAACAGGUUAUAUAGACUUCAUUUAUAGCUGGUUAUUGGAAGAGGCUGCUGAGUUCCAGUUUUGCAUAAGCUAAGAUCUGUGGGCCAUUCCUGAAAUCUCUUGUAAUCAAAGUGAAACUCACCGAAGUUUCCCCAUUCCAUCUCAAUUCAAUUCAACAAGCAUUUACUAAAAGCACCUACUGUGUGCCAGGUACUGUGCUAGAUGCUGGAGCUACAAGGGCAAAAGGGAACCAGCUUCUGCCCUUGAGCUGUUUACAGUAGAAUGUGGGCUUGGGGGAGGUAACUAUGCAGAGAAGUAAAUAACAAAUUCAUUUUCACAUGAGGGUGCCAGCCAGGUAGGAGGAGUAGGGGCAGUUCUCAUCACAGUUCUGGUUAGUUCUCCCUCCAGAAGCUUGCGGCAUUAAGUAUGUUGUCCAGUGUGUUUAAACCUCCGAGGGGUGUUUUGCACCAACAUGGACAAUGACAGCGCCACAUCUGGCCUUGUGGAACCCCUGCUACCACUGUAUUUUACAGGAGGGUGUGUGCCUGAGACGGUUAGUAGGGAUGGGCUUGCCGUGCACUGGCUCAUUCUUUCCCUAUUCCCCUCUAGACAAGUAGCAUGCAUCUUCUUUAUGGCUAGCCAUGAGAAGGGCAGCCUCUAAUCCAGUGUCGGACCAGGGAACGUGGCAAGGCUAGCUAAAGAAUUGAGCCCAGAGCCUUGGCCUUGAAGCAGCAUGGAUUGGGGGCAGCAGCCCGCAUUCGUUGGCAAAUGCUUGUAUGAAUUGCAUUGAGAGAUCAUUAUUCUCAGAGAGAUUACAAGGUGGCUUCUUUGAGGGUUUCCCUCCCCUACGUUGCCCUGGCCCUCUGAUGAAUAAGCCAGUGGUACGGUACAGCAGCCAUAUUGCAGCCAACAAAUCUGAAACCAUUUUAGCAUGACCUUAGUGCCUAGUUCCGGAGAAUAGGUAGAGCCAAUAGACCACACCUCAGAGGUGAUCUGCAGUCUUUUGGGCACCUUGGGAAAGACUCUGCUUUCUCUUGGCCCGUCAGUAGAAUAAUCACAGCCUUGGCUCCAGAAGAAUCCCUUCUUUUUAUCUCUGAACCAGAGUGAAGGCCAAGUGGCAACUCCUAAGAAUAUGAUAAAAGUCACAGAUCAUCCCCAAAGGAGUUAGCUAGUCUGUAGCAAGACUCCAAAUGACCUGCAAGUCUCUUCCAGUUUUCAAGCCCCAUUAGGAACCUCACCAAUGCUACAGAAUCUAGAAUCUAGAAGGAGGUUGGUUGGUCAUUGUGCAUACCUUUGGUCAUGUGAGAAUAAUUCUCUAUUUUUAUAUUGAAGCGUAAUUACUUGAUAGCUCAGGGUCAACAUUUCAUUCACCGUUUUACACUAAAUGUCUGCAAAAUGGGGAAAAUGGAAUAUUUGGGGCUGUUGUAAACAGAGGCUUAAUUUUAUUAGAUGUAGCCAGUUAUUUAUUAAAGCAUGAUGUUAAAUAAAAUAGGCAUAUUCCAA